GUUUUACUUGGUUUACAUUGCAAGCACGUGACCCUAGCUAUAUUGCUUUAGCUAGUUCAACAACUCUAUAUCUCGGAGCUCAAACUUGUGCUCAAGUUAUACUUGGAUCGGGUAGGCUCAUACUCACUGGGUGUCUCUAACUGCAGUGGAUGUCAUUAGCUAUUUCGUGGAUAGGCACACAAGCAUCACGCGUGCGUAACAGGGGAGCAAGGCACUGCCUCGCUUACAGUAAUCCGGGGCUAAUGCAUGCUCCCGUGAGCAGCAUCUGAAGCUUACUCACAACGUCACCUCUUCACCACGCAACAAAGUAUGACCUGCUUAGCCAGCUCAACAUCAUUGCAUGAGCCCGCAAUGCGCUCUCUUUCUGCCAAAGAAUAACCAUAAUCAUGCCACCAGAAAAGGGGCCUAAAAAGCAAAUUUCUGAUCGGCGGCGCUCGCAAAAUAAGCAAGCCCAGAAAAAUUACCGGGAGCGUCAGAAAAGGAAUCUGCAGGCCCUGCAGGAUAUUGCAACGUCUACACACGGCUUCCGCAUUGGUGGUGGAAGCAAGGAUGGUCAAGAUAUGGAUCCUGCAGUAGCCAUUGGCACCAAUGCGCCGCUGGGUCUAGAUGGCACUUAUGAGUAUUCACUUACACACCCUCAUGUAGCAGGUGAUUCAGCAGCGCAGAGCAUGCUGGGCUCUCUCGGCGAACCCGGCCAGUCACCGAGCAGGUUCUUGGGCACAGCGCAGCAACCUCAAUCAUUUCCAAAAACGAAUCAGCCUUUGACCCCUGAGAGUCUUCAAGAGCACAGCAUCCUCAGCCAACUCAUUGAAGAAGAGGGUGUUGUGCCUGACGAAAAGACGAAAAUUCAUAUUUUGGAGAAGAAAAUAACCCUGCAAAGCAUUUUGAAAGCUGGGUUAAAGGCGCUCUCACACGAGACUUCAGCGGAUAUAGAGUGCCCUUCCUCUUGUGGGAAUGGAGAGGGAAGCGCCAAUAGCAAUACUGCACUCCGGACUGACAGAAUCUUACUAUUGCAGAACGCCAGCCAAGCGCAGGCACCAUUCCUGCCCGAUAUUCACAGAAACAACUUCCGGAUAAAGCAAAUCCUAUUCGUCGCAGCAUGCGUGGCGAAUGGAGCUGCUCUAGGAACCACUCUCGGGCCCACAGACUGCGACAACGUUGAGUCACCAUUUUUCUGUGAAAACAUCUCUAGAUCAGCUGCCGAGACAGUUUGCGCGAGCGAGUUCACAAAUCUCAAGACGCACUUGCGGCCCUGUGCCACGCAACUGAUGCACAAGCACCAUCCAUAUAUUGACGUGCUUCCUUUCCCCACAUUUAGGGAGAGGGUCAUCAAACUUGCUUAUGUUGAUGAGCCAUUGAUUGACGAGGAGGACCUGUGCAAUGAUCUUCAGAACGACGGGUUGGUGUGUUGGGGCUCAUCUUUGGGUGGUGGGAGUGCAGCAAUUGGGUCAGGUGCGCCGUGGGAUAUUCGGAGCUGGGAAGCGCAACCGUGGUUUCUGAGAAAGUGGUGGAUCUUGAUUGGUGGUGCGGAGGGAGAAAUCUAUAAACAGACGCAGUGGUGGUGCGAGGUGAGGGGUGAGCGGUCGUGUUAUCCUUGGUAGCAGCGGUUGUUUUCUUUGCUCUUUGAAUUGAAUUGGUCGACUGAGUGGGUCGAGAUCCUGAGGCGUACAAGGAACCACUCUACUCAAAUAUGAUCCAUAUAUGCGUACUUGUUGGAAGCUAAAGCUGUGCAUCGAGACAAAUCUAUCUUGCGGGUGAGACUUCUUUGAUUUCCAUACAAAGCAGGCUUACGAGAGCUGGAAAGGAGAAAGAAAUCCAUUACAUUCCGCCUCAGUGGUCA